GGCAGCAGCAAUGGAAGGGUUCGAAGAAAAAUUAGCAGAAGAAGUCCGAAAAUAUGGUCAUCUUUACGAUUCUUCGAGACGAGAUUAUAAAGAUACUCAGAAAACCAAUAAUUCUUGGAAUGAAAUAGCGAGAAACCUUAACACAAAUGAACAAAUUUGUCGACAGAAAUGGAAAAAUUUGAGAAAUCGUUACACCAAAGCAAAGAAACGAAUGAAGUCUAGAAGUGGAGAUGCUGGUGGCAAAUCUAUCCCACCGAUAUUCCUCAGUCUGUCUUGGUUGUCUGAUCAAAUAAAGCAUAGGGACACAGAAACUAAUUUUCGGGAGGAGAACACUGAAGAACCUAUAACAACAUCAGAAUCCCUUCCACUAGGAGAAAUUUUGUGACGAUAAAUAUGGAGGAGUUUGACCUAACCGCAUGGUCUCCCUCAACAAGUAGAAGCGAUUCAAAUGUCAGUGAAAAUUCGUGUACAACACCUACAUUACCUACCAAACCUACCACACCAGUAAGUAGUGACCCAUCUGCCCCUUCCACAAUUGCUUUGAGUAGAGCUGUGGUAAACCCGACCAAGGGCUAUAGAAAGAGAUCUGCACAUUUAGAGACAUUAGUUUGUGAAAGACUUGAUUCUUUGAAAAAGAUUAGAGAAGAAAGAGAAACAAAACAUAUGAAAAUUGAUGAAGAAAGUCGCUUUUCAGAUACAGUGGCUGACACUCUCCGAAAGCUUCCAGGCAAGUUGAAAUCUGAAGCUAAAUUUUCCAUUCAUAAAAUAUUGUUUGAAAUGGUAAUUUUCAAUUACCCUUCUAGCUCUGGAAUGGCGGUAGUUAUAAAUUUUCUUGGGAUUGUCAAGGUUAUUACCUUAAGAGUAAAUAGAACAAAAAU